CCUUCGAGAUUUGCCCAUUCUCUCCCCAAACCCACUCCCCCUCCCUGCCUGGGGCUCGGCAGAGUCUGCCAGGCAUUUUUUUGUGUCUGCUGAACCCAGGCCGAGGCCACUGAGCCUCAAGACAUGGCCUGGGUCGACCUACACAGUGCGGCCGCCCGCGGUGACCUCGACCAGCUGCGGCGGCACUGGUGGCUGAAGAAACACCUUAUCAACAGCCGCAAUAAGGACAAGCAGACACCUCUGCAUCUUGCUUGCAUGAAUGGCCAUGCAGAUGUUGUUCGGUUUCUAGUAAGCAAGAACUGCAAGCUAAAUCCGCGUGACAAAUAUAAGAAAUCACCACUGAUGAUGGCAGUACAGUACCAGCAGAGAGAAUGUGCAGCUGUUCUGCUGGAGCAUGGUGCCAACCAUGAUCACAGAGCUGCUGCUGGCAACACUGCCCUUCACUUUGCUGCCCUCGUGUCUAACAAAUCUCUAGUGGAGUUGUUACUGGAGCACGGUGCCAAUAUCGAUGCCAAGAAUGAACUGGGAUACACUCCACUUGCUCUCGCGAUCACCGAGCGUCGUAAAGGGAUGGUCGAGUUCCUUCUCCAAAAAGGGGCUGACGUAAAUGCUACAGAUAAUCAUGAAAGGACCCCUAUGGAAGUUGCUGCUGUUCUCCAGGAUAAGGAUUCAGUCAAAGUUCUUCUCCGCCAUGGUGGUGUGCUGAAUAAAGGAUGCCUUGGAGAGUACGCAGCUCGAGCUUUUGAGGAACUGUGUCAAAAUGAGCUGUAA